UUCUAGUUUUAGGCUCAGAUCUAGCGAACUUUUUAGAACGCUACGAAAAUUUUGCAGAAGAAUCACUGAACAAUCAUAUUCGUCAGUCAACAGCAGUAGAAAGCACACGGUCUCUUUGAUAAUUUGUUUAUUCUUUGGUUCUUUUGGUUUACGGUUGUUCUCCAAAACGAAAUAUCUGAAAUCAAAGAGUCUACUUGGCGCAAAAAAAAAAAAAAAAAAAAAGAAAAAGAGAGGGUAAAUAGAAGAAUAAAAGAUUGAGCUUUUCCCUUGUACAUUGCUGUAGUAUUUUCAACGACUUGGUUUAUUACCAACAGACAGGUUUAUUCUUGUAAAUUUUGGUUUCCAACCCAUAGAAGCAAUUGAGAGAAGGUGUUGAUUCAUCUGAGUGUGCAAAAAUUGUUCCAGGUACCAUGCACGGGUUAGGUUCUAUUGAUUAUAUGGAAGAAUGUCCAUACGGAACCUUUUUAGAAAAAUACCUAAAACCAUGUCAUCCUGUAUUAAUUGGAAAAAAAUUGACUGAGAAUUGGGAAUCUCGGAAAACGUGGGUUCGCCAGUUUGAAAAGAAUGGCGACGACUCGAAAGACGUUCGCAAAGACAGCCAGUGCCCAACGGGGCUUGAAUUUCUUCGAUCCAAAGCUGCUUCACACAACGACCUUUUGCCGGAUAAUCUAUGGGACGCUUUGGUUGAAGCCAGUAAACAAUAUUAUGACAGUGAAGAGGAAGCUUACAAGGAUUUGUUGCUUUCACCAAAUUAUGAACACCUAAAACAAGUUUACGGAAACAUCGAGGUCCCUUUGGCGUAUUGUUCCCAAAAAGACAAGUAUGGAAGUCAAAAACGUGAAAAUGUUCAACUUAGAACGGCACUGCAAAAACUUGAAGAAGAAGAAAUCAUGUUGCGAUCCAUACGCUUACCAGAAUCCGUUGGCUCAUACAAUUUAAUACGAAUGUAUCCUAAAGACAUGCAUUUAUUUCGGGAUUCCCCUGUCAGUAUACCAUACGAAACGCCGGAUUUGUUUGUGGAUGAUUGGCUCAACGCGUAUACGAUGAAUCAAGAAAAUGAUGACUUUCGGUUUUCUUACAUCGGUAGUCAUUUAUCGACGACACCAUUGCAUAAAGAUGUAUAUGAAAGCCAUUCUGUGUCAGUGAACUUGUGUGGUGUGAAAUGUUGGAUUUUCAUUCCUCCAUCCGACGCAGAGUUUAUCCAUAAACAAUUUGAAGAUGAAGGCUUGCCCUCUUGGAUUACCCAUAGUCUUUUUCUUGAAAAUGAUAAUUUUAAAAAGAUCCAUGGGAAUGUUCGAAUUUUGUUUCAGUUUCCGGGUCAAACGGUCUUUGUCCCUAGUGGAUGGUACCAUCAAGUUUUGAACAUCGGUACAACUUUAUCCAUCAACCAUAAUUGGUGCAAUUCUUCCUGUAUUCUACCAAUGCACUUUGCUCUCCAACAACAGUACGAGGCAACGUCUGAGUCACUUCAAGAUUUGCUGGAGGAUGGCAUCGUUUCGAAAGAAAGAUUCUCGGAAGUUGUAACAGAGGUUGUAGAAGCUAACUAUGGAUGGAGUUGGGAGCGGUUUUGGUCGAUGAUCUCCUUUCAAUUACAACGAAGAUUAGCUAUGAGUUCUCUUCAUGCAACCACUUCAGAUUCCUCAAAAUCAAUUCCUCCUCUUCCAAUAUGCGUUCCUCCUUGGCCUUGGGAAAAAAGCGUUUUGACAGACUUGUUUAGAAAUGCCAAAGGCAAUGAUGAAGAAAUUUCAGUUUCAGCCAAGCUUUUUGCUCUUCUGGAAGAGAUCCAAUGAUUCUCUCCUCAAUUUCUUCAAACGAACUUUGCAUGCAAAUGUGCUUCCCUUCAAGCACUCCAUAAGCAAAACUUCUUUUGACAUGGUCCUGUUUUUUCAUUUAUAUAGAAUUCAUAUUCCUUUUUGUUGUACCUUAUAAAUUAAUGCAUCCUGGAUAGGCUUCUCUUUUCAUUUUACUCAAUUAAGGAAAAACUAGAUUGAUUCAUCACGUACUUAAUUAUUUGAUGAAAAUAUAAAAUUUCGUAGAUAAUUAACGCCUUUCAAUUCUUAUUUCC